UAAGCGUACUGAGGUGGACUGGAACAACUUCUGUAGAGAAGUUGAGGUCUUCAGUUCAUUCCAGACGCAUUUGCAAAUAGGCGGCCCUGGUAAAAUUGUCGAGAUCGGCGAGUCCAAAAUUGGAAAGAGGAAGUUUCACCGUGGCCAUGUAAAUGAGGGGCAAUGGGUUUUCGGCGGUAGUGAACGGGAAACGAAUAAAUGUUUUAUUCUUACCGUUGAAGACCGCUCGAAACAAACCUUGCUGUCCCUCAUUAAAAAGUAUGUAAGACCCGGUUCUGUUAUUAUUUCCGAUUUUUGGAAAAUUUAUGACACCUUGCUUGAGGAGGGGUACACCCAUCAAAAAGUCAACCAUUCGGAGCAUUUUGUGGAUCCCGAAACGGUGCAACAUAUCAACACUAUAGAGGGUUUGUGGCGCCACCUCAAGGUAUCACUUUAUGCAUAUAACCGAAGAAAAAGAUUUUUCAACGGUUAUAUUCAGAAAUUUAUUUUCUUGAGGUGGUGCAAUGCUUACCAGAAAAAUCCUAAAUAGUACCGUUAAAAAUUAUUUAGUUUUUAAUUACAAUGGAACGUGUUGAAAAUUUAAAAAUAUACAAAAUUUUUGAUUUGAAACGCAGUGGAAGUUUGUCAGAAGGUACCCUUCGCCAAUUGCAAACGUGGGGACAAAUUCCCAAUAUUGAUACGUUAAAUUGCAAUCGCGGACGUUGCAUGGAGUUGUGUCCUUAUGUUGAUUGUUGUGAUGGGUGGAUUUGGAGGUGUCAAAAGAAGCUUCGGGGCCGUCGACCAUGGAGAUGUAAUCUGAAACGUUCCUUACGAAAAGGAACAUUUUUUUGAUAACUCACAUCUCUCUAUUUGUCAAAUUAUUGUCUUUAGCUCUAUGUGGAUUGAGAGUGGAGGCCCUAUUAAUGGCAUAUUGCGAGAGAAAUAUGGUGGACUGGAACAACUUCUGUAGAGAAGUUGUGGUCUUCAGUUCAUUCCAGACGCAUUUGCAAAUAGGCGGUCCUGGUAAAAUUGUCGAAAUCGACGAAUCCAAAAUUGGAAAGAGGAAGUUUCACCGUGGCUAUGCUGUUGAGGGACAAUGGGUUUUCGGCGGUAUUAAACGGGAAACGAAUAAAUGUUUUAUUGUUCCCGUUGAAGACUGCUCCAAACAAACCUUGCUGCCCCUCAUUAAAAAAUGUAUAAGACCCGGUUCUGUUAUUAUUUCCGAUUUUUGUAAGGCUUAUUACACUUUGGAUGAGGAGGGGUACACCCAUCAAAAAGUCAACCAUUCGGAGCAUUUUGUGGAUACCGAAACGGGGCACCAUACCACUAUAGAGGGUUUGUGGCGCCGCCUCAAGGUAUCACUUUCUGCAUAUAACCGAAGAAAAAUAUUUUUCAACGGUUAUAUACAGAAAUUUAUUUUCUUGAGGUUGUGCAAUGUUAACCAGGAAAAUCCAUUUGAGGAAUUCCUGCUGGACAACUUUACGACCCCACAAACCCUAAAGUUGAAAACAAAGGAAUUCCAGAUGAAUCUAUCGGAACCCUCUAUAGUAUUGGAAGUGAGUGCUUCUGAGGAGUCCGAUAGCUCCGAGGAUGAGGAAGCACCACCGAAAAAAGAAGGCGCACUUAACAUAAGUUAAUUUAAUUGUUAAAUUUUUAUUGUUUAAUUUUGUUAUUCUUAAUUUAAGCUUUGUUUAAUUUUCAAUUUUUUUAUACCCUCCACCAUACUAUGGAGGGUAUAUUAAUUUUGUCAUUCCGUUUGCAACUCCUCGAAAUACUCAC